GUAAUUUUUGAUGAACGAAAUAUACAUGUCAAAAGAAUUUGUUUAAGACAAUGAGAAAUAUAUAGUAGAAGAGAAAAAUUACAUCAGCAUAAUUUGAAAAUGAUUAUCAAUUUAUGCAGUUUGGAUUAUGGAACUGGAUUAGCAUACAACUAUUAUUAUGGAUAUUUAAAAGUUAUACUUCCUUCAACUGGCAGUCUUAAUAAAGGAUUAAUUGAGAAAAUAGAAAAUACUGAAGAUAUACAUAAUAUAAAUAUAACGGUCCAUAAACUAUUUAUUUUGAUUCCUUCAUCAUCAUAUAUUCCACCUGAUCUUAAAGAAGCUUCAUAUCAAUGGAUGGAAAGUGCAAUGGAUUUGGAAGAUGAAGUACGUAAUCGAGCAGGAGUAAAAAGCAGAUCAUAUCACAAUAGUGUAUAUAAAAUUUAUCCUAAUGGACAAAGAUCAAAUGUACCUCAAUAUAUAGUGGUAGAAGGUGCAACACCUUUAUUAACUUUUUUUGAAGUUCAAAAACACAGUCAUUCAGAAACAAAUAUAUAUAAAAAAUAUUGUAAAGAAAUCGUACAGAAAUUUUAUAUAAAAUUACAAGAACUAAUAGAUAAUGAUCCAGAAUGUGCAGACCUUUGUGAAUUAAUUUAUUAUGAUGAUUAUGAUCGUAAUAAAACUAAGAUUAAUAUUGCAAAAAUCUUAUUAGAGAGAUUAUCAAAAAUUAAAACAUAAAUGUAAAAAAUAAUACAUCAAAAUUUUAACAUAUUUUACAAAUAUAAAAUAUUUUCAGUCAUUGUAAUU